UAUGUAUGAUGCUCCGGGAGCUAGAUACAUGUUGUCGACCGUGUAGCGGAGCAUCUCUAUCUGAAAGAGCAUCUUCCACGCGUCUGUAUCCGAGAAGAUAAGGACUUAUUAUAAGCGUACGAUGCGCGAUUACUUUUUCUUAUCAUAGAGAUAAGAUAGUCUGAUCUUUUAAAAGGACGACACAAAUCGAGUGUUUACGAUAUUAAUAGAUAACGUGGCACCCGUAAUUUCCCUUUUGGUUCUCUCUGGAAAAUAACAGAGAUCCUUACUACUUUCCAUUGUGACAGAUGCGUCGAUAGAGUGACGCUAGUGUUUGAACAAUAUUUUACAAGCACAAGAUGGUAAAAAAGGACGGGCUUUGGAAGCUGACGCAGCUUCGAGCGCUGAUGAAGAAUGUUCAACCUAGUGGAUGGUCUCUCAUUCGAAAAAAAGGUAUCCAGGCUCUGAUCGUCACUGGAGAGGAUGCACAUCAAUCAGAAUAUUCGACGGAGAGAGAUCAGAGGCGAUGUUUUAUCAGCGGAUUUCGUGGUUCCUACGGCACAGUGGUCAUAUUGCACGACGCAGCAUUGCUGUGGACUGAUGGAAGAUAUUACCAACAAGCUAUGUCGGAGUUAGAUCCGCCAGAGGCAUGGACUUUGAUGAGGGAAGGUUUACUGGAUACACCUACCAUCACUGCGUGGCUCGCCGCGAAUUUACCACCAAAAUCCGUAGUCGGAGCGGACGCUAAUCUAAUAAGUUUCACGGAAUGGACACGAUUGCAGAACAGUUUAAUUGAUGCCGGUCACGAUUUGAUCCCACUUUCUGAGAACUUGGUGGACAAAGUAUGGGGUGACGAUCAGCCAGCACCAACAGCCAACAUAGUUUUGCCGCAAUUGUUACGAUAUUCGGGUCGAAGUGCAGGAGACAAAGUAAAAGCGUGUCGCGAUGCUAUGCGAGAUAAUGGCACGACGAUACUUGUAGUGACUGCAUUGGAUGCAAUUGCGUAUCUACUAAAUUGGAGGGGAUCUGAUAUACCUUUCAAUCCUGUCUUUCUUGCAUACGUCAUUCUCACUCUGGAAGAUGUACAUAUCUUUAUAGAUAGAAGUAGGCUUAGCCAGGAAGCAUUGGAGCAACUGAAGAACGAGGGUGUCGAUCCAAUCUUUCACGACUACGAAAAUAUAUAUGUUUAUAUGAAGUCAUUCGUACAGUCAUGUUCAUUCGAGAAAGAUAAAAUGUGGAUCAGUAAUAAAUCCAGCUUUGCGCUACACCCGGAUGUUGCGACUAUUCAAAAACAUACGGAUAUUACACCUAUUAGCGUUAUGAAAUCGAUAAAGAAUGCUACCGAAAUAGUUGGGAUGAGAGCGGCGCAUGUGAGAGAUUCUGUCGCUCUUGUAAAAUAUUUUGCUUGGCUAGAAGAUAAGAUCAAGAAUACGAACGAAUUGAUUACGGAAAUUUCAGGUGCGACGCGGCUGGAACAGUUUAGACAGGAACAAGCUCAUUUUGUCGGAUUAAGCUUUACCACUAUAUCGUCUGUCGGUCCUCAUGGAGCAGUUAUUCAUUAUGCACCUACGGCAGAAACUGAUGUGCCUAUUACAGAUAAAGAACUUUAUCUCUGUGAUUCUGGUGCACAGUAUCAUGAUGGUACGACAGAUGUAACGAGAACAUUACAUUUUGGUGAACCCACAAGUUUCGAACGUGAAUGUUUCACCAGAGUUUUUAAAGGACAAUGCCGGUUAUCGACAAUGGUAUUCCCCUUGAAAACAAAAGGAAAUUACCUCGAUACACUGGCGCGUGAAAGUUUAUGGGGCGUUGGUCUCGAUUAUCUUCACGGUACUGGCCACGGAGUAGGAUCUUAUCUCAAUGUCCAUGAAGAGCCGAUUGGUAUCUCAUGGAAGCCGCAUCCGGAUGACCCAGGUUUACAACCAGGAAUGUUCUUAUCAAACGAGCCAGGAUAUUACGAAGACGGUAAGUUUGGUGUCAGAUUAGAGAAUGUUGAGUUAGUUGUUCCUGCAAAGACACCUUACAAUCAUAAAAACCGAGGUUUUCUGACAUUUGAAACCAUGACACUUGUACCUAUUCAAACGAGUCUGCUCGAUGUAUCAAUGCUUACUGACAAAGAGAUCGAAUAUUUGAAUAAUUAUCAUGUAAAAUGUUUGGAAGUUUUAAAAUCUUUUCUACAAGGACCAGAGAACAUUCAAGCACUUAAGUGGCUUGAGAAACAAACCCUUCCUAUUUCUCGUCCUAACUGUAAUUUAGCACGAUGAGCUGUAAAAAAAUCUCUUGAGAGUAUGUAACAUAACGAGAUCGUCUGAUUUAAACCAAUAUUACAACGAGGCAGCAAAUAUUCAAUUGGCAUAUAAAAUUCAUAUAAUUUUGUGUACACGGAUGACUGUGCAGUAUUAUAAUCCACCCAUGUACACGCAAUUACUUAAAUCGACUAUACGUGAGUGAAUAAACAACGAACGAAUAACGAAAGUGAAAAUUUUAUUUAAGAUUCUUUGGAUUAUAUUUAAGACAUUGUACUGUUUUAUAAGUCGAAUCGCAAGUGAAUCAAAUUCUAAUAAUCAUUCUAUUUGCAUUUAUUAUAAAUAUCUAAAUAGAAAAUAUAUUUGUAUACACUGUUCGUUUUUUAUUCAUUCACUAUAUAUCUACCACCUUGAGAGAAAAAGAAACAAACCUCUACCACAGAUGCAAUCCAUUUAACGUUCCCAACGCCCGCAUGUAUCAUUUCAUUCUUAUUCAACAUUUGAUAAACAAAAAGAAUGAAAUGAUCCUUGCAAGCAUUGUGAACGUUAAAUGGAACGCACCCCACGUUGAUCAUAUGAUGUUCAAUGUAUCAAAAUAAAUCAAGUGUUAUACAGUUUAUUAUUCAUAUCUUUAUAUAUAUAUACAUAUAUAUAUAAUACAAAAACAUGUUAUUUUAAUAACAGAUAUAUAGAUCUAAAAUGAUAUUAUGUAUAAGCCACCAAUUGCGUCACAAUUUCAUCUCGAUAUAUACACUAAAACUAUGAGAGAGAGAGACAUACAUUUUUUAAUUCCCCCUCUAUUCUUUCGGCACAUGUUAUUUAUUUUAUGUCGAAGCUGUGUUAUAUAUAAGCAAGUAAGAAGAUAAAUACAAAAGAAAAUAUUUACUUUUUAAUUUCAAAGGAAACGGCGUUUAAAAGUUGACGAAUUUAGGUUGUUUAAAAUACGCGCGUAUAGAUACACUCAGCAUCAUUAAUUUCUGGAUUUGUUCUUUUUUUUAUUAGAUAUUUCUAGAUAUAAAAUUUAGAAAAUUAUGUUAUACAGAAUUAAAUUGAGCAAUGCAAAUACAGAUUUAGUAUUUUAAUUAACAAUUAUGGUAAAUCUAAUUCGGAAAUGGAAAUGCAAUGUUAUACUGAACCGCCAUCUCUACGUGGCUUGCUAACUUUCGGGUCUCGGGAUUGAACGCAUCUAGUUAUUUCUGUUUCAUGGUUUAGAACGGACAUGUAUGAGGCCAAUAUUACAUUUGUCCAUUUUCGUCGUACGCCAAAUUUUUUUAAGUUUAUUGGCUGUAGGAUAGAGAGAUCCGAGUACUUCUCUAUCCUAUAGUCAAUUAAUACGCUUGAAAAAUUUAUUAUACAACAAAUGUAAUAUCAGAGCUUAAAGCUUAUUGGAACUAACGGUUAAAGCUUUGGCAUUUGAAACAAAUUAAAUCAUAAAAUUAAACGUGUCCCAAAAUAAUAUUUUUUUUUUUUUUGAGAGGUAUUUUGAGAACCGAGCAAAAUAUCAAAGGCGUACUUUCAAAGCGCUUGAAAUAUUAUAACACUUUUGCUUGAAAUACAAUACAUGUAUUUUGAUAUUUUGCGUACUUUCUAUCCGAUCAAAAUUAACAUGUUCAAUAAUUCCCGAAUAUAAAUGUACGAAAUUUGAUAAAGAAUCUUUGCUUUCUUUUUACUGAACAUUUUACGCGUAUGUAAAAUAUAUGUAUCCACCGAAUAAUUGCGAUAUCUGAUGAAUAUUUUCGUAUUACAACAUAUUUAUCAAAUAGCCGAGAUAAGUAUGAAUUAUGCGUAGGUAGAUAAUCCAUCGCUGAUAGGUAUCGCAUAAUUUACAUGGCGGAAAUAAUCCUGCAUGGGAAAUAUG